AUGCGAACUCGAUCGAGCUCUUCUACAGAGGAUUUGGUCGAGUUAGAUAACAACAUUGGUAAAAGACAGGGAAAUAAAAGCCAGAAGCAACUAGCUGAGCAAGAGGUCACUGGUACUGAUACAAUGGACGAUCCACAGAGUAAUGGAAACCCUCUGGGCAAUGGGAAUGGUCGAGCUAGGCAGAGCCGACCAUUGGUCUUGAAGAUGCUCCAAACCGUCACCAACAAAGGCAAGGAAUUGUCCCUCCUCCUGUCCAGAACCACAACUUUGAGAUCAAGCUAG